AGAAUUAUUAUAUUUUAGGAAUGACUGCAUUUGGUCCAUACGAACAAUAAGUGAAAAAACGAUUAUAAUAGAUUUUAUAACAAAGUCAUUUGUAAUUGUUAUAAGAUUAAAUGAUAUGAAAAAUGCCUUCGUUCAAGAUAUCAAACAAUUAGAAGUUUUCUCACGACUUUCUGCCAAUUCAAAAAAUAAUUUACUAAAAGUUGUACAUAAUCUAUUAUUGUUAAAAUUGAAACCAACAGAAAUGUUAGAAAAAUAUAAAAUGUAUGAACAUAUUUUACCAUUACUAGAAUACAUAUCGAGUGAAGUUAUUUUUGCUAUGAAUUUUAUGUUCGAUCUGAAACGAAUAGAAGCAUUACAUCUAUUAAGCAUAGAUAAUGAAAGGAUAAAUUUUAUGGUAGCAUCUAGGAAGGCAAAUAUAAUAUUAAAAGUCUCAUUAAUAAUAAAGAUUUUUAAAGAAAUCGGUCCAAAUGAUAUUAAUGUAGCAUGCAUUUUAGGUGAUAUUAGAAAAACCGAUAUUAUGCAAUUAAUAAUAAACAUAAAAAGAGAUUAUAAAUUUCUAAGCAGAUAUAUAAAUGAUAUUAAAGACUAUAUUACACUGAUGGAAGAAUCUACAUGUUUAAAUAGAUAA